CCCGCGCUCGGGGCCCUCCGCCCAGUCUGUGUCUGGAGCCCCGGGCCCCGAGCAGCCGCAGGGCGCCGUGCAGGCUCCGGACGCACUGCCACGCCAGGGCUGGUGAGGUGGCCGCCACCGCCACAGGGGCCCGGGCGCGCCUGCUCACUGCUCGGCCCGCUCCCGGCCAGCCGUGCAGGUGGCUGGACCAGCAGCAGCAGCAGCAGCGAGGACUCGAGCGCGGGCGGCGGCAGCGACACCAUGGAUCUCUCCUUUAUGGCUGCGCAGCUGCCCAUGAUGGGAGGAGCCUUCAUGGACUCGCCCAACGAGGACUUCAGCACCGAGUACUCGCUGUUCAACUCCUCCUCCAACGUCCACGCGGCUGCCAACGGCCAGGGCCCGCCGGAGGAGCCGGCCCGGUCCUCCAACGACGCCGUCUUGCUGUGGAUCGCCAUCAUCGCGACGCUGGGCAACAUCGUGGUGGUCGGGGUGGUGUACGCCUUCACCUUCUGAGUGGGGGGAUGGCGGGCAGCCCCGGGACGGCCCACCCUGCGUCGGGCAUGCCACGGGGUGAGGCUGUGCCCCCGGCGCCGUCCAGCCGCUGGUCUCCAGCUGCAAAACCAGGAACUUUGACCACUUGAAUGGCCUCUCCAAGGGCAGCUCCCACGCGUCCGGAAUUUCAAACAUGCCUCGAAGCCCAGAUUUCAGCUAUGCCGUGCCGUGGUCAGGCUGACUCAGAAAGCAGGGACGUGUGGGCUGCCGGCUCCGGGAAGCGCGGCGGGCGAGGGUUUCAGAGAGCCGACUGGGGAAUUCCGGAGGCUGCGUUCCUGGAACACGAGGCCGGAUGCAGCGGCCAGUUAGGUGUGAACUAUAGAUGUGGUUGGGUGAUAAGCACUUGUGUGUCUUGCGUUUAUGCAAAGUCGUUUGAGGCUGCUGGGGCUAGAGCAGCCCUCAGAACUUCGGCGUUUCUAGCCCAGUCUCGGUCCCAUAUUUAACCCCUUGGUAUAUUGGCGGCCACAGGACGGUCCUGAUUUGACUUUGCAGUGGCACCUUCGUCACCAGACACCCGGCCCAAUCACAUCAGGACACUCGGGAAUGAGGGACGGGGAGGUGAGCAGUAACAUGCUGGGGUUUCUGGGGGUGUUGGUGGUGGUUUUUAUAUGCUGGAUGGAUUUUUCUCUUCUUUUUAAGGAGGGGGUAGGAUGUCUUUAAAAACUAGGUCUGCCAGGCAGUGAACGCUUCGGGCCACCCACAUGAAGAUGCUCUUUCUUCUUUGAGGGAUCCUAGAAUUUUAGAGAUGAAUAAGCUCGUGUCCCCUGAAUUUUGGGGUGGGAAGGUUGGAGAGGGGCGUGACUUGCCAGCGGUCACAGGGCAGGUGAACAUGGGAGUCAGAACAGGAAGAUGUUUCCUAACCCUCGGCUCAGUGCUCUCUCUGCCCCAGUGACGCACUCCCCUGAGCAGGUCCCUUGCCUUUAAGGCCAUGAGGCAGAGACGCCGCCCUCGGGACAUGGUCCAGGGAGUGUUGAAGCAGGUGCAAGAUCGCAGGCCAUUUGCGUACCUGUAUUUGACACUCUUUGGGCACUGUGCACUCUCCUGCAGUUGUGAAUGUGCUUCUGCCCCAGCCAGUUUCCUUAAAUUCUUAAAAAUCAGUGUUUGGGGGUAGGGGGCAGGGCAAACAAGGAAGCUCCCAAGCUAAGUCCAGAGCAUCAGGGCAGGGGCCUUGCUGGGAAGCAGGACUUGGGAAAGGGCGUGCACGGCAGCCCCGCCCCCACCCUGCCUUCCCAGGCAGCCUCCCCUGCAGAUGGGAGCGGGAAGGAUCUCAGACCGGCUCACUCGCCUACAGCCCUGGGCGGCUUUUUUCCUACACUGCGAAAAGAAGAUAAAUGGCAGAAAUUCCCCUUCUUGGGUGGAGAAACGAAAAAGGCUGGUUAAGAAGCCUUUGUGUGUGUUUGGGGACAACUGCAAAAAGGCUGAACUUGCCACUGCCAUCUCGGGAGUAAUGAGUGCUCUUGGUGAUGGGCAAAAGGACACUUAAUUAUCCAGAGGCAGAUCGGACUCUGGGAGCUGCCGUGGUAACGGGAUUAGCAGCCUGGCGUCCAGACAGUGCCUGCUCACGGCCGGCCGCCAGCUCUUACCCGCCACAUCUGUCACCAUGGCCACGCGUCCAUCAGCCAAUGCUUCAGCUCAGAUGGAAGUCCCGAGUGCAGAGAGCAGCCUGACCUUGGCUGUGAGGGAGAAGGGACAUGGAUCGGAUGCCUGGGACUCUUGGAAUCGUCGGCAGGCGGAGGCUGGGCCGGGCUAUGAGCUGUUGUGUGCACGGGGGGGUUCGGGGAUGUUCACCCCGGCUGCUUCUCCAGCAACCUGCAGGUGUGCCCUGUGGGCAGGGUCUUUAGUAAACAGGUGUCCUCAUGGGAGAACCCAAGGAGAGGCCCGCCCUGGCCUGGCGCAUAGCGAUCGGCCCCCGGAGACCAGAGAGGCCCAGCCACCUCUGUGUGCCGUCAGCACUGCCCCCUGACUCCUUUGAGACAAACGGGGCCUUCCCUCCGCAGGAGCACCCCCUUCCUUCGUUAUUAUUAUUAGCCGUAGCAUCACUGAUUAUUGUUCUGACUGCUGCACACCUCCCCUGUGUUGUGUGCUCAUUUACUUCUCAAAUGACCCCCAAGGGGGCAGGAGUGAGGGUGCAGAGAGGUGCUUAUUGAUUAUUGUGCCGUUUUUCUGAUUAGAAAACUGAGGCCAGGCCAUGCCCAUGAUUGCUCUAAGCUAAGGAGCUGAGACUCAGACCCAGUUCUGGCGCUCUAGAGGCUGGGUCCGUGCCCCCGUCACCCUGCGCCCAUGCCCUGCAGAGAGCCCUCUGGAAUGGACCAGGCUGGGGCCGAGGUCUGGCCCUGGAGAGCUGUGGUCAGACGGCCACGUCCCAGCGUAGGUCCUGGGUCAGGGUAGGGAGCAGCAGUGCACAUGUAUUUAUCGGUGUCAGAACCUCACAGUGAUGAGAGGUUUCAGAGUGCAUCUAUUCAGGACCUUUCAUUUUUGGAGAGAGCAGAGGAGGCCACGUGGAAAAUUAGCAGAGAGCUGACAGUCUCCGGGCGCCUGGCCCGGGGCUCCAUCCUCUGGGCCGUGAGCGUCUGCCAGGAAGCAAAGGGAUUUCCCUGGAUUACCAGCUCAGCCCCGAGAUGGAUCGCGUGCUCUGCCAGCUGCCACCUGGGCCCCUCCGCUGCAUCCUGGCCGAUGCCCAGUGAUCCGCCCUGAGCAAAUCCCUGGGGGCACUGAGCUGCUGCGGGGGUGGUGGGGCCCACAGAGCUCUGCUCAGGGGCCCAAAGGGAGCAGUCGUGCCUGAGUGACCCACAUUCCCUUGUCCCCACCCCUCCCACUCCGGCCCACUCCACGCACCUCUGACCAGGGUCACUCUGAGAGGGACGGAGGAGAGGGUGGGUGAACUGCAUGCUGAGAACCCAGAGGGACAGAGCCCCCGACCUCCCAGCAGGAAAAGGGGCCUCUCUGCAAAGCCCAGAUAACCAGAACUGCAAUGGCACCAAAUAUUCCCAAUGCACCCUUCUGAGCUUGGGGCUUGAGCACUGACAGAGGGUUGUUUUAUUUGGGGGGGGGAGUGUCGGUGGGGGUUGGGAGGGACAGUGACAAGAGAUGAAACAAAGAUACAAACCCUAGUGACUGAAGAAGGUAAAAGAUCCCCCCAGAGUGAGAAAACGAUAACAUCUGAAGCAUAAUGAAUGGUCAAAAGUACACAAAAUAGGCUACACAAAUUUUGAAACGUAGGUCUUCAUUGAUAAAAGCAGAGAUGACGUGGGCAUCACGUCACGUCUUGGAGGGGCUGCACAGGUGGCAGAGUACGGGGGUCCCGUACAACGAUCUUUUGCCCACAGUGGUCAUGUUGCGCCUGCCAGACAGCUCUGCCUGUGCACUUGGUAAGGCUCCUCACCUGCUCCUGGGCCCUUGUUCAAGCUGGGCUUCCUGCCUCCCCUACAGGAGGUUUGAGCCCCAUUCUGCCUUGGGAAUAAGUCCUGACAUGCACAGCACGUUUGCAGGGAACUGCAGGCCUUGGUUAUUGGGGAGCCAGAGCCCAGUGCACCCCGCCCCUGUCCUCGUGGCUGAGCCGGCCCUGGCAGCCCCCCGUCUGUCUCACCUUUUGCUGAUGUCUUAAUAAACUGCCGCAUUUACAGUUCAAAGUGUUGUCCAGCAAUCCAGAUGGCUGGGGCUCUGUAAGCUGGCAGGAAGGGAGCUUCCAACCUUUUAACUUGAGGAAACUGAGUCUCUGAGGGGCUGGGGAGAGUUGCCAGGUGGAGCUGGUCACCAGGAGAGCAGGGUCUUGAGCCCAGGACACCUGACUACAAAGUUGGCUCCAGGAAGCUUAGUGGUCAGUGCCAUUGGGCCAGUGGUUCUCAACUGGGGGCCAGGGGGCGUUGGCAAUGUCUCGAGACAUUUUUGGCUCUUGCAUUUUGGUGGGGAGGGGCUGGCAUCUAGGGAGUCAAAGCCAGGGAUGCUGCUGAACAUCCUAUGAUGCAUAUGCAGGCCAGCCCCCCACGACAAAGAGUUAUCCAGCCCCCAAAUGCCAGUAGCGCCGAGGUUGGGGAUCCCUGCACUAGGCUGUACCACCUCUGAUCCCCAAACUAUGCAUGUUUUCAAAGCUCCACUGUUCCCCACUUGUGAGUCACUGGCUAAAUGAAAGCUCUUCUGAGCAACAGCAGUGAUCAUGGUCACUGCCCCGAGCUCAAGUAAUUCCAGCUGAGGGCAACGGUCUGGAACUCCCAGCACAUUAGGUUAGCCUGUUGGAAAUCCACGUAGCUCUAUUUCCACUGUCCUGGGCUUUCAUGGGGACGCCCACCCUUCAGAGUAGAUGGGACGGUGGGGCUGACCUCGUCUCCACCAGUAACUUUGUGUCUCUGGGACCCGCAGAAGCCCUGGCCCCUCACCAACUGCACUUGCGAGGAACGGCUGGUGACGGAGCUUAGGAAUGGGGUGGGGGGGGGUAACAGCCUCCGAGCAAAUCUGCAUCUUCUGUUAUCUCUGCCCCGUUCCCCAGAUGAAGGCAUCCUAAUAUUCUUUGUACUAUUGGAACUUUUACAGAAACCUUAUUCUUGUUACUUGCAACUCUCUAGAUACCAAUUCUUCAUGCCAAGAGAAAUGGAAAUGUUUCUGUGUCUUACUGAUGUUUUCAUAAUCAACUUGUAAAUGCAGGCUGUUUACUUCAUAAAAGGGUAUUUUAACUAUUCUUGUAGUCCCUUUGCUACUCAAGCACCUGGUUUCACCAUGAGAUCACCGACUUUUGCUACACUAAAAAAGACUCUUUCUUAUUGUAGGAUUUGAGUGUGCUCUUUUGAUUAAACAUAUAUCUAACCUUAACGGAUGUAAAAACGUGGUUGUGAAAUCUUUGUUAGCAUUGUUGCUGUUGUCAUUUUCUAUUAUGGUGAUUUCAAAAAAGAAAACUUGAACUCC